UAUAAAUAUCAAAGAAAUAAAAUCAAGAAGAAAAAACAAGAACAAACUGUAACAAUAAUAAUAAUAAUAAUAUACACAAAAGCCCGGAAAAUAUAAUAAAAUUGAAUCAAAAUAAAUUACUAUAAAUUAAUAUUAAUAUUAAAAAAAAAACCCGAAGAAAUUGGAAGGACAGAAAGAAGGAUUCAGAAAUCUUACCAAAAUUCUUCAGGGUACCACUGAUAUGGUUAAGCAAAAAACGAAAACUCUAAGGACGUACGAUGAAGAAGGUUUUCGAAGACGGGCAGCCUGCCUAUGUUUCAGGGAUGAAAGUGAACAGGAGAUCUUACUAGUAUCGAGUAGCAGAUAUAAAGAUCGAUGGAUUGUACCUGGAGGGGGUAUUGAACCCUCGGAGCCACCAGCAAUAGCUGCGGAGCGUGAGGUUUUUGAAGAAGCUGGAGUACGUGGGAAAUUAGGGAGGCUCAUCGGUGAAUUUGAAAACAACGACAAGAAACAUCGAACAUCUGUAUUUGCUUUCAUCGUGACGGAACUGCUAGAAGAAUGGGAAGAGAAAAAGAACCUUGGUCGUAAACGAGAAUGGUUCAGUUUAUCUGAGGCCAAAGAGAAACUACAACACCAGCCGCUGCAAGUGACGUACCUAGAGCUUCUGGAGAAAAAAGAAGACAAGGUGUCAUGAAGGGUCCUGAGCGCCAUGGCAGAGGCAAGGUGACAGCAGUUUCAAUGAAAAGAAGAAAAAAACAUAAAACAAAAAACAAAAACAAAAAAAAAACAAACUGAACAACCAGGGUCUCAAUGGGGCUAAUUCCCACGUUUUUGCUGACCAGUUUAAG